UGCAUUCAUUCAACCUCUCAAUUAAAAUCACUAAAAUCAAAAUAUAUAUAAAUACGAAACAUUCUUCUCCUCUGAGAAGAAGAAGAGGAGGAAAUGGAUGGGAGAGGCGGGUGUUGUAUUGCUAGGUAUGCAGCGGGGGGUGGGGGUGCGUACGAUAUGUCAAAGGUAGACAGGAUAAUGCUAAGGUAUAGACCUAUUGCACCGAAGCCGGCAGCCGGUGGUUCUGUUUCGGGUUCUACUACUCCACCGCAGAAGUCUGAGGUGGCUCCACGUACUGGACGAUGGAAGAGAAGGUACGUUAAAGAUCACAAUAAAAAUGGUAAUAGUAGUAGUUCUAACAAGAAAUCCAAUAGCGGAACUAGUACUGGUAGGAAAAGGAAAGCGGCUUCACCUGAAGAAAAUGAAUCUAGUGAUAAAACGGUGUCUGGUGGUGAAACGGUAGUGACGCUGCCGUUAUUGUCGGAGAGUCCUGAAAGGAAGGACGACCCUCCGACGGAUCAUUUUGUUAAAAAGAAAGAAAAAAAUGCUCCGAUCUGGUUGAGUUUUGGUGGUAAUCAAAGACGUCUCAAUAAUAACAACAAUAAUGAUAGUAAUGGUCGGUUACAGUUGCUGCAGGGGUACGGAGGAGGAGUAGGUAUGGAUCGUUCAGUAGUGAUGUUUCCUCAGUCAGUACGGGUAGUGGGGUCAUGGGUAAAAGUGGAAAGCGUAACAGACGCGUGGGUGGAGGUGUAUGGGUUAGGACGUACAGAUGAGGAGAAAUUGAUAAAUCUCGAGCAGGACACCUGUCCAGGGUUUAUAUCAGACGGUUUAAACAGAGUUAGGUGGGCCAAC